AUGUCCCGGAAAAAGACCCCUAAGAGUAAAGCGGGAAGUACGCCCGCCUCUUCUCUGCCCACAGCCAAGGAAAACGGGCCGGUGGGCUCCGGAGGGGGCGGCUCUAGCCCGGGCCCUGGCCCUGCCCCCGAGGCACCGAGAAAUGGGCUCCUGCUGCCAGGCCGUCCGUCCCUUAGCAGCAGCGGUGAUUUCUACGACGUUGCCUUCAAGGUGAUGCUGGUAGGAGACUCAGGUGUGGGGAAGACCUGUCUGCUGGUUCGAUUCAAGGAUGGAGCCUUCUUGGCUGGGACCUUCAUUUCCACUGUGGGCAUAGACUUCAGGAAUAAAGUCUUGAAUGUGGAUGGGGUGAAAGUAAAGCUCCAGAUCUGGGACACUGCUGGGCAGGAGAGGUUCAGAAGUGUGACCCACGCCUAUUACCGGGAUGCCCAUGCUCUCCUGCUGCUUUAUGAUGUCACUAACAGAGCAUCCUUUGACAACAUCCAAGCCUGGCUGACUGAGAUCCAUGAAUACGCACAGAAAGAUGUGGUGCUUAUGCUAUUGGGAAACAAGGUGGACUCUACCCAGGAGCGAGUGGUAAAAAGGGAAGAUGGGGAGAAGUUGGCCAAGGAGUAUGGGGUGCCCUUCAUGGAGACGAGCGCCAAGACAGGCCUGAAUGUGGAUUUGGCCUUUAAGGCCAUUGCAAAGGAACUGAAGCACAGGUCCAUGAAGCUGCCCAGUGAACCCAAAUUCAAAUUGCAUGACUAUGUGAAGAGAGAAGUUCGAGGCUCAGGCUGUUGCCGCCCCUGA